GUGGAAGUCUUUCCGGGAGACGGCACAGGUUUGUCAGAUAUCCCGUGCAUGGCAUGGUUGACAGGAUAGUCGGCGAUUGGGGCGGGAUAACUUCUUAUACAUUAGUCUAUCCACUUGUUACAAAAGUUAAACAUAAAAAUCAGAACUAACUCGAUCUCUUCCAGUCGUCUCGCCAGCUGUCCUCACGCGUCUUUUCUCUCUUGUCAUUGCUCGGGUUAGCUAACUAACGUUAACGUUGCUCUGUGCGAAAAUGGCGGAUGUACAGUCAGAGAAGAGUCUGGAUGAUUUCUUUGCUAAGCGGGAUAAAAAGAAGAAGAAAGAGAAGGGCAAGGGGAAGGAGACCACGACCGGGCCCGCGACGGCCGCGGUGAAAAAGAUGAAGAAAGAGAAGGAGAAAUCUGCGAAAAACGAAAACCAGGACGCUCAAGUGGAGAAGUGCUGUUUUACUGCAAAGGAGGACGAGGAAUGGAAAGAGUUUGAGCAGAAAGAAGUGGACUACACCGGGCUUCGGCUCCAGGCUUUACAGAUCAGUGAUGAAAAAGAGGAAGAGGAAUAUGAGAAGGAGGAGAUAGGAGAGGAUGGAGAGAUCAUUCUGGUCAGCGGAGACAAAGUGUCCGGUCCCUGGAACAAAUCUGGCGCUGCUCCACCUCCUUCUGCUUCACCUGUGGAGGAAGAAGAGGCGCCUGAAGCAAAGCCUGCAGGAGUCUAUCGUCCUCCAGGUGCCCGACUGACCCCUAGCAGAAGAGUCCAGAGCCAGGGUCCGCCUGAGAUCUUCAGCGACACACAGUUCCCCUCGCUGCUGUCCACCGCUAAGCACGUCGAGACUCGCAAAGACAGAGAAAUGGAGAAGACCUUCGAGGUUGUGAAACACAAAAACCGUGGCAGAGAAGAGACCGGCAGCACCUCCGUGGAGCACUUGCAGCUCGACAACCAGUACGCCAUCCUGGGGGACAAGUAGAGCUGCGUUCCCAAUCCCCUGCCCCCUCUCUCCCCCAGCACAGUUCCCCCUCGACGGAAGCUGAACUCCAGCUGUGCUGGCUGCAGUCCUAAAAGAUCUCCUUUUGCCGCCACCCUUUACACCACUCACUCACUCACACGGUCAUACACAACACCCCCUGCAGACACACUCCCUUUAAAUAAUUCACUCAACACGGUUUGGUUGGCAAAACUAGAGGAUUGCAUCAGAAGGGGCUGACGGAAAAGGGGAAUAAGGAAACCCGAACGUGCGACGCUGCAGCAACAACAAACAGAGAAGUAGUUGCCCUUUGUGGAUUGUUUUCAGAGCAGCAGUUGUGUGGCAGAACUUCUCUGAACUUCAACUUGCUUUGACAAAGCCACAGAGGAUCAAAGAUGACUUUAGGCACGAUGAUCUUACAAACUUCUGUGAAAAUAUCUAUUUUUUUGCGAGAUCUUUACAACCCGGCAACACGUGGUUAUAUUGAGGUGUGUUUAUGUGUUGCGUUAGGGCUUCGAGAGGCGGGGAGGGAUACUACGGCAGCGGCACAGCUGGUGGCGACGACAUGGACCGAGCUUUUUCUGUGUUGCUGUGGUGGUUAAAAUAGGCGGAGCUAACACCGAGCUCCUCCCACUUUCCUUCCACAUACAAGCCGGCCUUCAGGCUCUUUGAUUUAGAAACUUUAAGCUUUUUUUUUUCCCAGUUCAUUCGUUGAUGAUGACACUGCAAAGAUCUACAAACACGAAGCGAUAAGUUGCAUUUCUCAUUUAGAGUUUCUAUAUAAAGUGGCCUUAUUGAUGGAGAGCGACUGUCAUCUGAAGGGUUGUCUGAUAGGCCGGUUUCUGCCUCUGGAUCGAACCACUUUCAUCAACUAAGGGGGGGGAUCAAAGCAGGAAUGUAGUGCUGUUGUAGUUUGCCUGAUGAUGAAGAUGAUGAUAACAACUACUAACUCUUUCAUAUCCAAUGUUUGAACAUACUGCUCCUUAAUUUUUUUUUCUUCCACCAUCUGAGAAAGAAUAAUUAAAGCUUGUUUCUAAUCCUG